CGGCAAACAUUUGGAGAACCCAACCUCUUAUCUCACUGUUAUUGUGGAUCUUUAGCAAAACUAACGCAGAAUUAUCGUCUCAAAGAUUGAAGAUUAUCGUCCCUGGUUGUUUCUAUAAUCAUCCCUCAACUCUGGAAACAAAGUCUCUGCAGCAUUUGCGCGCGAAGCAGCGGCCACCGAUAUUUCUUUUUGUCAUCGUUCACCAUUUCCUGGAUUGUUGCCUGCAUCACCUGUUGGCGAUCGGAUACCGAGCGAUUUCCGUGUGAGCCUCCCACCUCUGUCGGCCACCGAAACCCGUGGCGUUGUGGCAUCAGCGCGUAUCCUGUCCGCUCCUCCUCCGGCUCUCAAGACUGGUUCAGACUGCCAGGGCUGUGCAACAGCUCUAGCACUGACCAUUCGCGACACCGACCAGGGCUUAUAGCUUUAGUCUGUCGCGUGCUGCGUGGUGUCGGUCUGACUUAAACGCAGGGUAAACUCAAAAGCUGUCCGCAUGGCGUCCACAGUGGUGCGACCGUCGUUUGUUAUGCCGCCGGGGGAUCUGCCGGAGCCCUUUUACCAGCUUCGCCCACGUUCCCUGCAGCGGGGACAUGAUCCGGUUGAGGACCACAAGGGAAGCUUCCGUAAUUCCCGUACGAUUGUCCCCACGGAUUCUCAAGGCCCUCCAGUUCUCCUGUGCUCGGAUCGAGAUCCGGAGCGCCAAGAGGAUAGCCGUUUACGCGGUUUUCGUGAUCCCCGCUCCAACUACGGCCGCAUUUUCAAAACUCUCCAUGACGGGGAGGUGUUUGUGGUCUCUCUCAGCGGCGCGUCGGUGCGCCAAUUGCUGAAGCUGGUCGGCAACCACAUCGAGGAAGCGUACGGUAUCAGCCGCCGAGACGAUGAUAAUGCUCGCAAGUGGCCGCCGAGACCGUCCGGAGUGUCGAAAAAGCGGCUGGUUCUGGUGGCCGGGACGAACGAUCUCUCCGACUACCUGAAACGCGGAGCGACCGGAUCAGCGGCCCGGGUUGUGGAGCGGGUGAUGGAUGCCAUUCAUGGCCACCAGCGCAGUAUCGAGGAGUGGUGCGAUGAAGUCUUCCUCGUCCGACUGCCGUUCUACGAGCGGGAUAAUCGCUUUCACAACCCGGUGCCGGAAUACAAUCGGCACCUGCGCGAAUGUGAUCAUGCUGUCCGGGAAGUCAACAGCGAGCUGGAUAGGUUCUGUUAUAAGAACAGCUCAUCCCGCCGAACUAUCUGGCGCACCGUCCGUGUUCCCGUGGAUGACGUGACCAUGCGAGCCGAUGGGCUGCAUUGGGAGUAUUCUCCGACCAUGUACCGGGCAUUCUUUACUGCCCUGGCAGACGCCAUGACGUGGGCCGUAGAAGAACGCCAGCGUGCGGCUGAUGAUUACUUGCAUCAGAACCGACAUGCUAUCGGCGUCCUGACCGCCACCCUGGACACGUACGAGAGCAGGGGAGCUGCUAGGGAGCGUCGAUGCCAGGAAGAAAUGGGCGUGUCAGCGCGGCACAUCAAGCAGUACACCGAGCGGCACGUCCAGGAGAGCACGUGCAGGCUGUCCAAGCUGGAGGGGCAGGUGAAGCAGGGACUGAAGGCCAUGGAGAAGAUCGAGAAGGAGUAUGUACUGGUGAAGCGCGCACAGCAGGAAAAGGAGGCCAAGAAAGCGCGGAAUAGGGCUCGUAAUGUGAUCGUCCACAAGAAACGCAGCGUGAAACGUCGCGAUGAACGGGCUGCUGAUAAGAAGCUGUAUAAGGCCGUCCAGCUGGCUCGGCGCUGGCUGAAGCCGAACGGCAGCCUGGAUCGCUACUUGCGAUCUCGCCAUAGAGUGGAGUUGAUGAGUUUCUGGUUGUCUCUGUAACAGUAUUUGGCAAUUUUGUUAGUUGUUUCUAACUGCUACUUUAUAUUUCUAACUACUAUGAAUUUGUAUGGAUGUGUGGCUGGAGUGGU